ACUUCAGCUUUCAGGAAGUGUGCGGCCGAAAAUCAUUCACUCACUCGUUGGAACCAGUGACAUGGAUACCAGCACAUAUCUAACGGUUUAACUCACUCGAAAGAGUCGCCUGUACACUCAGCACACUGGUCACAUUAAACAGGAAAAAUAUUUGCAAAGGCUAGCUGCGACAAACGACAAAGACUGGAAAAUACGCCUGUGCGACUAAUAAGCGCAUAUAUUCAUACGUAAAUUCGAACCUCCUUCGCCUAAACCAAGAUUCAUAUACUUUGUGUUUCCAUUUAAAGUACAACAAGCAAACAUUAUUCUGCAAAUCUUAUUAUCCAACAGACCAUUCAUCGUCGAAUAUGCGUGGAUUAGGGGUAGCGAAAAGCUUCGUUUCCACACAUUGUUUGACCAGGCCUUCACUGGUCGCCCGGAGGCAAACAACAGCAACGCGCUCGCCCCGUGUCCUGAUGUCGACUUCAGCGCAGGCUGUACAAAAUACAGUCGCCACUUCAGAAGGAGAAUGGAAAAAAAUACGAGAUGACCCAGUGCAGUUAGAGGCUCUUCUGUUCAAAGAAGCUAUAGUACGGUGCGAGGGAAAUUAUUGUUAUAUGGGUGUAGUGCAGGCAAUCGACCCAGUCUCAAAAAGUCUAAUCGUGGCUCAGCUAAACGGGCAAAAGGACAUAACUAACCUCGUGUUGUGCAUGGGCUCGUCUAUAGAAGACGUUUUCGUAGGAGAGGGCACAUCCAAGCAUGGCGCGCUAGUCCAAACGCUUUUCAAACAGCAGACCAAGGAGGAGAUUUCUCCUACUAGGUUGAACGCCUUGCGUGAUCAUCUACUUAGUCACCUGAGAGCCCAUCAGUUACCUGUCGAAAUAGACCUCAAAGACGGUGAGACGUUGCGAAUCGCACAGAUUGCCUACAUCGCACCGCCGUACACUGUUAAAGAGGUAUACUGCCAGAACGAAAUAGUGAUGGAACGCAUUACAAAACUGGUCGAGGAAAUACCACCUAUGCAAGCGUCGACUGAGACAAAUAUCACCCUGUCGUCUUGAUUGGUCCAAAAAGAUUUGUUAGUAUUUGAAUUGUUGUUUUUUUUUGUUAAUGAAUUCGGAAGCAAUAGUGGUUGAGCGCCUUACCGUGUAUUAAUGAUCACUAUGCAGUUAAGCCCAUUGCGCUGGGUCUUACACGAAGCAAUGCUUUUCGUGAUCAAUGUGUGUAUAAUAUAUACAUUAACACAUGCAAAUACUCUAAAUGUGUUUGACAAUCCUUUGUAGUUUACUCAGGCAGGGUGAAAGGGCCAGAAAUUCUGUUCUUAUAUAUAUAUAUAUAUAUAUAUAUAUAUAUAUAUAUAUAUAUAAAUA